GGAGUAAUGCUUCUCCACCGGAGGUUUUAAAUUGUAUUGAUAAUAGUGGUAAUGAAAAUAGUGAUUUAAAUAAAAAUCGGAAAGAUUCAAAUAAAGAACGCCAAGUAUUGACUCAAGGUGACGAGACUUUAAAUGUCACUAAUAAACAAGAAGUUUCGUUCAAUAAUACAAUAGUUAACAAAGUUGUGGAUACCGGUGUUAAACAGUCGGAGGAAUAUAGUAACGACUCGUAUUCUUCUUCAUUUGAAAGUUCCGAUGGUGAUGGGGACAAGUGGAGUGCACCAGAUAAUAAACCAGUAAAACAGGGACCCAGAGAUCGAAACGAGAAACAAGUGUCAAAGAAAAUAGUGACUAGUGAAAAUAAAGAAAAUAAAAUUACAAGCAAAUUUGAAGGAAAUGAAGUAGAAAAAAGUAAAGAAGAACCAUCGUCAACGUCAACUCCAAGGAAGGAUUUAGAUCAACAAGAAAAUAGUGAAGCCUAUGCAUAUUCCAACACGUUCGAAACUGAUUCAAACACUAAGGUACAGUCCAAAACAGUAAGUAAGUCUGAUCCCGGAAAUCAAAAAGGUGACGCCGACGCUACGUUGAGUGAGUCAAGUUGGCCAUCUUAUUGUCAAGAUAACAAAGAUUUUGAGAACGCGGAAACAAAAUUAAACAGUAAAACAGCAACAGAGUUAAGCGAUAACAAAACUGAGAAAACAGGUGGCGUGAAAAAUACAAAUGUCAACAAGCAAUCAAAGGAUAACUCGGAUAUCAACAAAGAUAAAGAUGACGAUGAUGAUCCAACACUAACAGAGACAAGUUGGCCGUCAUAUUGCCAAGACAAAAACAAACAGGAGGCAGGCAUCGAUCAUAAAAAGCAUAUUCACGUUGAGGAGACUAAACAACAAAACAUAAAAUCCUCUGAUCAUAGUAUCAUUAGUCAUUCUGAUAAAAGAACAGACCAGGACGAAAUCUCGGUAAAAAAUCAUUCUCAAAUUUCUGUUUCAUUUUCGAAGAAUUCAAAAAAUAAAUGCGCUGGUGUAGAUGAUGAUACUUUUGAAAAGAAAAAGGAACAAGAAAGCGAUGAUGCUACAAUAAGCGAUAACUCGUUUCCAACGUAUAGAAGUGAAGAUCCUGUCGUAUUAAACGGUGGUCACUCUUCUGAAGAUAGAGGUUCGAAAAUAAAGGUCAGAACAUCCGGGGAUUCCACGUCUGAUAAGUUCACGAAUAAAGAAACUGCCGUUUCUUUGUUAAAUAAAUCUGUAAACAGUAAGGGUAACGAACAAAAACCUCCAAUUGACACAAAAACGUUAUUAUCAGAUACACUAACAGACGCACAAAGGGAAUCACAAAAUAGGAAAAAUAGAGAAACACGGAAAAAUUCAAGUCCUGACGAUACUUUGGAGGAUAUUGAACCCAUUUCAAAUAUAGUCGCUCCAUUGCCUCUUGAUACUGACAAAAUAAAUAGUGAAACAAUAACUGAAAUAGACAAAAAGCCAAUGGCAAGGCAGAAACUUGUGAGACAAGCUGUUAAAAAUUCUGAUUCAGACGUCGAAACUGAAAAAAUGGAAGGAACUAAUACCACAAAGGCAAGCGAGGAACAGCCAGUGCACCUUACAAACGGCGAUGAUGGGGUGUUUUCUGAAGAAAGUGACAUUGAAGGGAAGGAACAUCAUGAUAGAGGUGACGAUGAAGAACUGACGAAUGUAAAUGAAUCUAAUUCCCGACAAAGAAACAUAUCUGAUUGGGGAACAAACGAAGAUUUUAAAAAGGAACAUGAAACUGGUGAUGAUAAUAUUAAGGAUAAAAUUGAAAACGAACAGGAUGAAAAUAAAAAUACUGAGAACAAUCCGGAGCAACCAGUUGAUUCCGAGGUUCCAACAAAAGACGAGAUACAGGAAAAUGGUCAAGACCAUACACAAGCACGCGAGGACGACCAAAACAUGGAUGAGGCACGUGAUCAAAAUAUAGAUGACGUUGGUGUUGAAUCUGUUGAACAAAUCCGAAGGAAUAUAAAAAUCGACAAUGCUGUAGAGACUGUGUCUGAACUGGAGGUCAAAGUUCAAGAUUUAAUGGAAAACAUGAAAGAUCUUAUGUCUGAGUAUACAACACGGUUAAAUAAUCAACCAUUGUCCGAUUUUGUGAUGGAUUUAGACAAAUUUAAGGGUGAUUUUAUAUCACUUAGAGAUGCAUACAAGAAAUAUGAAUCUUUAUUUGUCUUUUUAAAUAAAUGUUUAAAGGAUUUACGUUCUUCUGGUGAUGAAGUGAACAACUUGAUAGCAAAACGAUUCCGGGAAGAAGAUUUAACCACAUGGAUGGAGUCACAAGAAAAGUUUGAAGAAGAAAAACACAAAAUUCGUGAAGAGCGUAUUGCUGUGGAACGAUCUGCAUUGGCCAAAGCUUCAGAAGCGAGGGCAUCUAUUGCCAAGGCAACCAUAGCAGUAGCAGAAUCAACUCAAUUAGCUAAUGAGACAGAGAUCGAAGCUGCUGAGGCAGAAAGUCUGGCAAAGAAGGCAUGGGAAUCGGCUGAAGUGGCUCUGAAAGCCGCUGAGGAGGCAAGGAAAGCGGCUAUAGAGAAACGUAAAGCUGAUGAUGAAGCUAGGAAACGAGCGCAAGAAAGGGCAGAAAAGAAGGCAGAGGAAGAGAGAAAAAUAAGAGAAGUAGAAGACAAAGGAUUAAUGGAAGAAGCAAAGAAGAAAGGAACAACUUUUCAGGAUGAACGGAAACGUGCUGACGAAGAAAAAGCCAGAAAAGAAGCAGAAAGAAUAAAUCCAAAUAAUUGGCCGAGAUACAUAUACAGCGUUGACCCUGGGGAUUAUGACCCUGGAGUUGGAUGUAUCAUCAGAUCUCUUAAGGGAUCUUUAAAUCGAGAGGAUGUUGAAGUGACAAGACUUGACCAGGAUACGGGUGUACUAGAGCUGACUGAGACUGAAGAGCUCGUGAGCAAUAUCAUAGAGAUUAAACCCACAGACAACGAGAAGAAAUUUAGUUUCGAUCAAGCAAUGUCUAUUGUCAUUCCUCACUGUGCACCACGUGGAAUACCAGGAAAGGAACCAGUCAUUAAAUGUUUACAGUCAAAUGGGAAAUGGACGGAGCUUCCGUCAACAGAACUGGUCUUAAAUGAUAUCAAAGAAUUGAGGUUUGUUGAAACGAGAACGAGAAAAUUCGGGAAAUACGUGGUGGUACUAAGACUUAAACGAGACACACUAACGUUUACUAAGAAAGGAAACAAAGUGUUCUCAUCAGUUGAUGCAAGAGUUUCCUUCACAUGUAAACCAUCGAUGUUUAAGAUGAACACCAACUUUAAUGUAGAGGUGCAGUCGGUUGAAUUAUCAGCAGUAACAGAAUUAAAGCAGCGAUGCCCGGUUGAAUGUAACAGCUUAUUGGCUGCUAGUCCGAUCCUUAAAUUUUCAAUACCAAACCGAAAGUUUGCCAAACCUUUAUUAAUGACUUUACCGCUCCCUCCUAAUACCAGUCGACCCAAACGACCACAAACAGCAACAGCCACGAAUAGAAGUGAGUCAGAUAGUGGACAAGAUGCCAGACCAUUGACUGCUCGACCGUCCACAGCAUUCCAGUCUUCCAGAAAUGAAGAUGAAUCAGAGGAGGAAAUCCAUCUUUUGAUUAGGAGUAACAGAGAGGAUACCUGGACCAAGCUACAAGAUGUACCUCUAUUUCAGGCCAGGAAUAAAGACAUUGUCUCCUUUGAAAUCAAAGAACCAAGUGACAGAUACCUCGUCCUGAGAACAAAGGAAGGGAUGACAGCUGCACAAGUUGAGAGGAUAGCGUUCAUGUUGGAAAUAUCAAUUAUGUAUAGGACUAUUCAAAUAUUCUUACGCCAAAAGAACGACGAUCCAAACGAAGUGAUACUAUCUUGCGAGCAAUCAAACAGAACUGAGCGCGCUAUGCGCAAGUUUGGAGAAUUAGGUUAUGAAGAAGGACCAAAUCCUAGUAAAGAUCUUAUAGUAAAAGAAGGACAAAUUUUAGACAUCAGUUUUAGAGGAAACAUUCAAUGUACAAAGGAAGCUGACAAAUUAAGACUUAUAUUCAACACACAUUUUCGAAGCAGGUUGGAUUUUAAUGUUGAAGAAAUUGAAAAAUUUGCUCAGAAAAGUUUCCACACGUAUAGAGGAUUUGCACAAGUCUCUUCCGAUGUUGUUCAUAAAAAACUACAUAUUAUGGAACAUCAAACCCCUGGAGCUCCAAAGAAACCCCCACAAAUAGAAGUUACAAAGGAACGGCUAUUACUGACUGAACUAUUGAUAAAUAUACCCAAGCCUGAUCCAGAACCACCCCAGCCUUUAAAUACAGCUCCUGUGAAAAUACAUGUUGAAGCUCCAAAUACGAAGGAUGUCCUGGAGUUUGUUGCAAACGAGCUGGGAGACGAAUGGAAGAUGUUAGCACAGUUACUGAACCUUAAAAGUGUGCGGAUCCAAGCUAUACUCCGACAGAAUACAGCUAAUCCGGAUCCAAAGAAGAUCCGUUAUGACAUGUUAGUAUCCUGGGCAAAGCGAAUUCCUAGAAGUGCAAACAAGCUUGACAUCUUAGCAACAGCACUGACAUCUUGUGGACGAAGUGACAUAGCUGGUGAACUGAGGGAUAAAGAUCUGGAAUACAAACGAAACAUGGCUAAAGCAAAUAAAAAUACACUUUUGAAACGAGCAUUUGUGAAAGUGGCACAGAACCCGGAUGCUGUCAAGAAUUGGAUGAUUAUUGCCAGACGUCUUGGAGUGGCUGAGGACCAAUUAAGAACCAUAGAUCAAAGUAAACCAUCUGUUCAGGAAAAGUGCUUCAAGAGUUUACAGAUAUGGCAAUCAUUGGUAGGGGAACAGGCUUCCGUCCAUCAACUAACAGAUCGCCUUAGGAAAUGUCGAUAUCGUCAGUUAGCGCUUUCAGUAGAGGAAACUUGUAGCACAGAGGAUGAGAGAAAUUGAGACAUUAAGUUGAGGAUGUAAUGAACUAUAGAGUGAGAUGUGCUGAUUAUCUGUGAUACAGAGUUAGAUGUGCUGAUUAUCUGUGAUACCAGAACUAGUCUUACAGUUUCUGUCUCUACAGAACAUUGCUCUUGUAGAUAUUAACUCUUAAAUAGGCAUUACAAUUAUACAAUUGUAGAAACCCUUGCAUGUAUACAUGUACGAUUAAUUUAUAUCAUAGUAAUUUGAAUACAUUGAUGGCUUCCUUUUAAUGAAAUUGGUUAUUAGAAAUAAACAUAAUUUUGUUAUAUAAAAUCAAUACUUAAAUUUCAUAUUACCUAUUUGCCAUUGAAAAAUGAAUAAUCCUUUGAAUACUUAGAAGUUUCAUGAAUAUUCAUGUAAUCUUAAUUGGUUGGGGAUUUAGUGUCACAUAGAUAGACAUGUUACUACAUUUUGUUUCAAUUAUUAAAUGCUUGCCAUUUUGUAUGCAUUUAUUCAAUAGUUUAUGAAUAUUUUUACUUUAUAAUACUUAUACCUUAUAGAAGUUUAUAUAUCCUAUAUUAGUUUUCUAUAUUAUUUAUAUGCUAUUUAUAUAGUUCUUAUGAAAGCACCGUUCUGUGAUAUUGAAAAAUAAAACAUUGCAAUAAGCUUCACCAAAGUAUUCGUUCAUAUAGUCAUAAUAACAAGUCUCAUCGCAUUAGACACAGUCAUGUUAUAAUGUCUCUUGCAAAAACCUUUAUUUGUUACACUCGAGAAUAAAAGCCUCAAUUUUG